AUCUAACGGCACAUUAUAAAGUUAAUAUUAUAUAUAUACCUUCAAAAGUUGACACGGGUAAUUUUAUAUGUGUGUUAGAGACGUAAAUAAAUCAAUAUGAAAAACCCAAAUAAACGAAAAAGUGUUACUUUAGUAUUUGAUGAGGAUAAAAGACGACAAUUUUUGGGAGGUUUCCAUAAACGAAAAGUACAACGACAAAAAAAAGCUAAAGAAGAAUUACUAAAGCAAUUGAAAGAAGAAAAAAAGAGGAUAAAACAAGAUGCACGUGAACGUUAUAAAAAAUUAUUAUCAAAUCGUGAUGUACCAGAACUUGAGAAAUUGCUGUCAGAACGAGAAUUUGAAACAGAAAAUCAUACAGUUAGUAUCUUAGAAAUGGAUAUCGAUUCAUUAUACGAAAAGAAUAAAUGUAUUGGAAUCAACAAAGCAGUUGACUAUAACGAAGAAUCUGAAAAAGAAGAAGCUAAAGAAACUGAAGAAAAAUCCACAGCAAAAACUUCUGUACGAGGAAUAGAAAGUAAAAGUAUUGAAUCGGCAAAGGAUUUAAAACGAGCUAUUAAAUACGCUGCAUUAAAAGAAGUAAAGAAAAGUAAAGUGUUUCAACAAAAAAAUAGAUUAGAACACAACAAAAAUAGAAAGCUAAACAUUAGGAAAAAGAAAAAACAAGAGAAAAAAUUGAAAAAAUGUGAUGGAAAAUUUAAGAGGAAAGGAAAACGCUAAUAUCUAUUACGCUGUUAUGUACUUUCAUGUAAUUUUGUAUAAAAAUUGUUUUUAAUUAUAGGAAAAAAAUAUUUUUCAUGCAUUAAACAAAUUACAUAAAAAUACUUU